UCCUCGUCUAGACGGCAGGGGGCAGCACUGGUCCUAGAGAAGUAGGAGGAAGACGUUGGUGGCUGCUGUGAUUUUAUAACAAUGCUUUAAAUCCGUCAGUUUAACGGUCAACAGUUGUUUCACAAACCUCUCGCUGGAAACAACCGCUGACAAUGAUGGCCUCCAGCUACAAAGACGAGGACGGACACAUCACCGUGUCGGGAUCCGGAGCCGCGGCCGGGGGCGGAGGCGGCUCUCUGCGGAACAAGAAGCCUGAAAACACCGCUUUCAAGCAGCAGAGACUCCCGGCCUGGCAGCCCAUCCUGACCGCAGGGACCGUCCUGCCAGCCUUCUUCAUCAUCGGCCUCAUGUUCAUCCCCAUCGGCAUCGGCCUCUACGUGACGUCCAACAACAUCAAGGAGUUCGAGGUCGAUUACACAGGAGCAGAAAUGUCCAGUCCGUGCUUUACCUGCUCCCAGAACUUCAGCUGGAACAGCACCAAGCCGUGCACCUGCUCCGUCCCCUUCCACCUGGACCAGCCGUACGAAAGCAACGUCUUCAUGUAUUACGGACUCUCCAACUUCUACCAGAACCACCGGCGGUACGUCAAGUCCCGAGACGACAGCCAGCUGAACGGAAACGAGGAGUCCCUCAGGAAACCCAGUAAGGAGUGCGAGCCGUACGCCAAGCAAGGCAACAAGCCCAUCGCGCCGUGCGGAGCCAUCGCCAACAGCAUGUUUAACGACUCACUGGAGCUGAUUUACAACGACCCAAACGGCAGCAAGGUCCAGAUCCCGCUGACGGCCACGGGAAUCGCCUGGUGGACGGACAAACACGUGAAGUUCAGGAAUCCUGGAGCAGAAAACACCAACCUCACCGUCGCUUUCCAAGGGACGACCCGGCCGGUGAACUGGCGCCGGCCCGUGUUCCAGCUGGACUCCGACCCGGACAACAACGGAUUCAUCAACGAGGAUUUCAUCGUGUGGAUGCGGACCGCCGCCCUGCCCACGUUCCGGAAGCUGUACCGGAUCAUCCAGAGGCGGAGCAACGUGCAUCCCACGCUGCCGUGCGGCAACUACACCCUGGAGGUGGUGUACAAUUAUCCGGUGCGGAGCUUCGAGGGCCGGAAGCGGAUGAUCCUGAGCACCAUCUCCUGGAUGGGCGGGAAGAACCCGUUCCUGGGCAUCGCCUACAUCAGCGUGGGCUCCGUCUGCUUCCUGCUGGGCGUCCUGCUGCUCAUCAUCCACCACAAAUUCGGCAACCGCAACAACCCCGCCGAGAUCUCCCACUGAGGGCCGGGCCGGGCCGGAGCGGUUCUGCUGCAGCGUUGACCUUAAAAUCUGCUUCUUUAGAUUCCAACAGCACGGCAGAGCGAGGCGGAACCGGACAGGGAAAGAACCCCAUAAGUUCUGGAGCGACCCGCCGGGUCACACACGUACCGCUCCCACUGCAGGAACCAGGUCCGGCUACCAGGACCGACCCGGGCCAGGAAGUCCAGUAGGUUCCGGUCCGACUCAGAUGACCUGAUGGCGCCUGCUGGUCUGAGGCUCAUCAACGUCCUCAGAGCUCAGCAGAACCUCUGGGUUCUGAUCCAGGAAUUAUCCAGGUCCAUUAUUUACGUUUUGCUGCCGUUUAAUUUUAAUUGUAGAAGAAAAAGCAGGAAAAGAUCCAGAAGAACCUAAAACUGACGUAGAUGAUCAGAGAACAGCGAUCCGUCUGAGCGGUCCUGGUCCUGGUUCUGGUCCUGGUUCUGGUCCUGGUCCUGGUUCUGGUUCCUGCGGUGGGUCUGAGCGUUGCGUUGCUGCAUGUCACGGUGCUGCCGGCCUCCUGGAGCUGUCUGAAGACGUUGUUCUGGUCCUGGUCCAGGUUCUGGUCCUGGUCCAGGUUCCGGUCCAGGUUCUGGUCCAGGUUCCGGUCCUGGUCC